CUUUAUCUCUGGCGAGAAUGAUUUCCACAGCUGUUAGUUUAUCAUCUUCUACGUCCACAACGCCCGUUACAGCAUUAAGUAGUGAAACCGGUUUUAAUCUACCGUCAGAUGAAAUUUGUAAAGACCAAAAACCAACAGACAAAAUAAAAACAUCAACCUCUGAAAGUGUUCCGAUAUCAGAUACCAGAGAUGCAUAUUUGUUUCAUGAGCAAAUCAUUAUGUCCGGGCAGCAAAAGUGUUCCUUGCGAGCAAAACCCAAGCCUUUGGUUGUAUCCCCUCAACAGGUUAUGAUACUAUAUAUGCAUAAAUUAACACCAUAUGAACGCACUGAAAUAUUAGCAUAUCCACAAAUAUACUUUAUUGGAGCAAAUGCAAAGAAACGUCCUGGUAUAUUUGGUCCAAAUAAUUCCGAUUAUGACAACGAACAGGGCGCAUAUUUACACAUACCGCAUGAUCACGUAGCUUACCGUUACGAAAUGCUAAAAGUUAUAGGAAAGGGUAGCUUUGGACAAGUAAUCAAAGCAUAUGACCAUAAGACCCACGAACAUGUCGCCCUAAAAAUGGUUCGAAAUGAAAAACGAUUUCACCGGCAAGCGCAAGAGGAAAUACGAAUCUUACACCAUUUACGAAGGCAAGACAAGUAUAAUACAAUGAAUAUUAUACAUAUGUUUGAUUAUUUUACAUUUCGAAACCACAUGUGUAUCACUUUCGAGCUACUCAAUAUAAAUUUGUAUGAGCUGAUGAAAAAAAAUGGAUUUAAAGGCUUUAGCCUUCAGCUUGUACGAAAAUUUGCACACUCCUUGUUACAAUGCUUGGAUGCAUUAUAUAAAAAUGAGAUUAUUCACUGCGAUAUGAAACCGGAAAAUGUAUUACUAAAACAACAAGGACGCUCAGGAAUAAAGGUCAUUGAUUUUGGAUCUUCAUGCUAUGAAAGUCAACGUGUUUAUACCUACAUACAAUCACGAUUUUAUCGAGCACCUGAAGUUAUACUUGGCUCUAAAUAUGGCCGAGCAAUCGAUAUGUGGUCAUUGGGAUGUAUUUUGGCCGAAUUACUGUCAGGCCACGCCCUUUUUCCUGGUGAAAACGAAAGUGAUCAACUAGCCUGCAUUAUUGAAGUUCUUGGUAUGCCUACCAAAAACUUGCUUGCCAGUGCUAAACGCGCGAAAGUUUUUUUUAACCCGAAGGGACUACCGAGAUAUUGUACGGUGCGCACCAUGACUGAUGGUACAGUCGUUUUAAUAGGUGGUCAGUCUCGGCGAGGAAAACCACGGGGACCACCAUGCUCUAAAAGCCUGUCAAAAGCUCUGGAUGGAUGCAAGGAUACCCUGUUUUUAAAUUUUAUAAGAGGGUGUUUAGAAUGGGAUCCAGAAAAACGUUUAAUACCGGCAGAAGCAUUAAAACACCCUUGGUUACGGCGCCGCCUUCCGAGACCUCUGAAUGGCAUUAAUGGUCUCAGCGAUAGGGAGAACAUUGGUAGCGGCAGUUGCAAUAGUACAAAUGGCGAUAACACUUCUAGCAUAGGAACUGGUUUUAAUUCGACUGACAUUGCAACUUCGUCUUCAUCAAUAGUUUGCUCUGUACAAAAUGGAAACGGCACCGACGUCUCUGGAGAGUAUGUUUCUGCUUCAAUAUCGUACACGGAAGAAGCAGUUCCUUCAAUUUCAAUAUCGUCUACAGCCAUCGAAAAGAAUGUGAUUCAAAAUACAGUUGCUCCUUCGUUGGAUCAUUCUUUGCUAGCCUCCAGCAACACUAGUGGCAACAAUCAUCGAAUAAGUAGUUGUGGUAAUAGAAUUACCUGUAAAUCCAGUGAUAUAAAUAGUUCAAUUGCUAGCAGCCUAUCGGCCAUAAUCGAAAAUACGGGCUCGUUGUUACACUACACGUCGUCAACAUGUCUGAUUUCCAACACAGCAAAUCACUUUGGGUGUGCAUGUCGGAAUACAUAUAAAACAAAAGAACCAUCAGCAAUGAACACUUCCUCAACUUCAUUGGGAAUCGGCAUGAAAAAGACCUCGUACAAAAAUGCAGUAGUUGCAAAUAGCCACAUGUUUGAUGCUAUGGGCUCAAUUGAAAAUUACAACAAAUUUAAUCAAAAUUCCAUCCGAAACAUAAGCUCUGCAAAUAUAAGUAAAAACCUCGCAGCAGAGAAUUGUACAACAGGUACCCACUGCAAGCGGAAUUCAUUGUCUGAUGCGAUAACUGAGACAGAAAAAGAAAAAUCGUUUAAAUCUCUUGCGCCUUGCGGUGACCGUUUGUAGCACAAAAUCAACGCGAAAUUAUCAAUGCUUUGAAAUCUUUGAAUAAAUGUUCUAAGCUAUUUCAAAUUAUAAUUAAUAUAUUUUUUAUAAUGCUUACAAUGCGCACAGAAAUGUAAGUCUUUUCUUGAGAACAAGACUUAAUAAGUUAUUAUAAUUAUGAAGUUAAAAAAGAAGAAACCAUAUUUUGUUUAAAUUGUUAACUACAAACUAAAUUUUUAAGUUUUGGAACUAUAAUUUAGUACUGAAAAAGACUCCGUGAAUUGUGAAAAAUUAACAACUGAAAGUUCCGCUAAAGCUGCUCGCCUAUUUUUCCAGAAAAAUACCUUAAGUUUAAUCGAGGAAAUACUUUAGACUUAUAGAGAAAUCGUUUAAGAAAUUUUGUCUUGAAAAAUGAACUGCAGCACAUGGCAACAAGAGAAGGCGCUAGCAUACUUACGUGGCUUAAAAGCUUUUUUUUAUUGUAAUUAAAGAUUAAUAAUUUUAAAAAUACAUAUUUUUUAUUACUAUACAUAUUGUCCAUAGAUAUAAAUAGAUCACACAAACAAUUUCAAUACUCCCAUGUAUUUAAAUAUGUUUGAACGCUUUUA